CUCUAAAAAACAGAGGUACGAUGUGAGUACAGUUUUGUACUCAAAGGUACACUUUACAUAAUUGUACCCUCAAAGAUACAGUAUUGGUCUUUACAGGGUCAAAUAUGUUCUCCCUGAAGUACAAAAUCUUUUCUAACAGGAGGAAGUACUAAUUUGUACCAUUUAACCAGCCACUAAAGAAUGCGACCGAGUGAGGGAGCCCUCGCGCACGGCACUAGCCUCUUAUUUUUAAAUUUUAACGGUCACUGUUCUGGGCGGGAGGAGUGUGACAAUGGCGCUGAGGCAGCUCUCAACUGAGGAGCUGAUAAAAAAGUUGGUGGACGCAGGAGUCGAAAUAACAGCAGAGGAGGCUCAGAGGUUCAGAGAAAAUGAUGUGGAUGGAGAGACAGUUGACUGUGGACUUACAGAAGCCAUGAUUGCUUAUCUCUUUGAUAAGUCUUUCAAAAAACAAUUAAAAUUUAGAGAUUUUGUGUCUCAACACAAGGAGGUAAUUCUUUCUUUGGAUGAUAUCACACCAGAUGUAGAAAACCUGACUCAAAUUGAAAGAAAGGAGCCAGUUUGCCAAAGACUGCCUGCUGUGAUGUCCAUUCCGUGUUUUCCAAAAGAUGUCCAAAGCCGCCUGGAUGCCAAAGAGAGUUGUCAGAAGGUCCCAAGAGAUCGUAACAAAAUUAUUAGGACACUCUAUGAAAUGAUGGCACAGUACACAAUGUAUCCUACCAAUGCAGAGUAUGUUCAGGUUGCCAAAGCUUUGAUUGUGAAGUACCCUUUCUUGAAGGAUGUUGAGGGGAAUGGUUAUCAUACCUGGCAUAUGUCACUUAAGAGGAAGUUCAAGGCAGAACGGGCGCCACUUCUCAACGACACCGAGGUCAAAAAGUUUAAAGAGAAGUUUCACCAAGCAAGGAAGUCAACAGAUGGACCUGAAACUUUGCAUGUCAAGCGUACUAAGAAAUUUGUGGUAAGUAUCUCUUAGGCAAAGGAAAAAUGUAAGUAUUUACUUUUUGGUUAUGAAAUGAUUACUUGUGUCUCUGAUAAAGGAAUCAUGCAUUGUUGGAGAGGAUGCUACAUCUGUUGAGGCCCAUGUCAAGGCAUUGCAUGAACAGUACAGGAAGACACAACCUGAUUUGGCGAUCGUGAAGGACCGCAUGAAAAAGACAUUUGCAUGGCGUCGUCGAGAAAUAUCAGAGGGAAUGACCGUUACAAACAUCUUGAUGAAAUACCCGUUCUUAAGAACAUCCUCAGGGUUGUAUGACGAGGUUGAUGCCAUCCAUCCUUUGACGGUGAACAUUUGUCGUCGCUUCAACGAGGGAUUUACAGCUUUACUCCCUAAUUUGCUGAAACUUGUCAAGGGGACGUUGCCACUAAAAAAACUGUAUGUGGAGGCGAGAGAGGAAGCUCUGGCUGAGGACCUUCCAGGCAUUGACUUCAGGGGUGGACUUGUUUUUUUGCCAUCCAUCUUCAGGGAGAACAUUGACCACCUCAUUUCACUUGGAGAGGGUGAACCUGCCACGCCGUAUCCUACAAUUCAGCUGAAAGACAAGGAUUGGAAAACUGCCAUUUCUAGACGAAGUCAGAGUGUGGUGAAGGUUGAUGGAGUUGAGGUGUGCACUUGUGCUGCGAUAGAUGAGGCCUUCAUCACAACCUUUUGUAUGUAUUUCACCUUCAACAUUGCAUACCCUCCACGGCUGAGAAAUACCAUGACAUUUCUCCAGAGGUGCAUUCUACACAUCAAGGAGGAAGGAGACAAGCCAUUGCCAGUAACUGUGACACGAGUGAUGAAUCUUCUGUAGAUCUAUGGCUCCACUGCACCAAUGCCCAAAAUGCCCACGUAGAACUUUCACCCUUGUAAAGCUUAUACAACACAUUGGACUUGUACAUGCACACAAAGCUCACUUUAGCAUUACUUGUGGUAUAAAUGAUUGCUGUUCUACUUUUUCCAAGUACCAUUCUUACAGAAGACACGUGUACAGAAAACACAAACACAGUGUUUUUCCUUCCCCUGGGAGCAACGAAGAAGUUAAUGAAGAAUCAGUAGUGGAACAAGACAACACUUUUGAUGCAGAUUUAACCCAGCAGUCUACCCCACCAAGUAUUGAUAAACUGCUUGAAAAUUUAAGGGAGAACCUUUUUGGCUUUAUUCUAAAAUGCAGGGAAAAAAACCACCUUCCUCUGUCAGUUCAACAAGAUAUUGUUCAUGAUUUAAACUUUUUAUUUUGUUUUUUUAAAGAGAACUAUGACUUAUUCAUCUCUUAUCAUCUUGAAAAAAAUGGCUUCCCUAUUUCAGAGUGCCCUGAACUUCAGCAAGUUUUAUCCACCCCUGAUUUCUUUGACAAAGCUUGUGAUGUAAUUCGUUCUCCACACAUGAUUAAAGAACACUGUAAAUCUAAAAUGGAUAUGACAGAACCCUUUAACUAUGAACUAAGAAAUGCUUCUGGAAACAAAAUUGGCACUUUUUCUUAUGUACCCAUUGCAGAGGUAUUGAAAAAAUAUUGUUCUCUUGAAGAUGUCUGGGAAGAGAUUGUUGCAGAUGCUCAUAAAAUUAGAGACGAUCAGAUUUUGUUGGACUACACUGAUGGAAUUUAUUUUAAAGAACAUUCAUAUUUUAAAGACCACCCACAGGCUCUAAGACUUCAUUUUUAUGAAGAUGAAUUUGAAAUUGUUAACCCUUUAGGCUCUAAGAGAAGCAAGUACAAGAUGUGUGCAUUUUAUUAUAGUGUUGGCAAUGUCAGUACAAGGUAUCGCUCGAAACUCAGUCACAUACAUUUAGCUUUGCUUGUUCGCUGUUCUCAUCUAAAAGAGUGUGGGCUUGAUGUUAUACUCCAACCAGUGGUAGAUGACCUAAAAAAGCUCUCAACUGAAGGGUUCGUCCUAAAUGUUAACGGACACGAGUGCAGAAUUAAUGCUGCCCUGGCUACAUUUUCAUGUGAUAACCUGUCUGCUCACAUGAUAGGUGGGUUUACAAUGUCUUUUAACAGUGGCAGAAUUUGUCGGUACUGCAUGGCCUCUUAUUCUGAGAUGAAACAAAAAUUCCGGGAGGAAAGUUUUGUUCUUAGGACAGCAGAAGUGCACAGGUAUCACCUUGAGUGUGUAGAAAAUGAUCCAGCAAGUGCUGCUUUGUACGGUGUACAUGGUACUUGUAAAUUUGAUAUGCUAGAUUACUUUGAUGUCACAAGCUGUCUUCCUCCUGAUAUCAUGCAUGAUUUGCUAGAAGGAGUGCUGCCUCUUGUAAUGAAAUUGGUCAUUUGUGAAGCUCAUAAACAAAAGCACAUAACCAUACAGGAGAUAAAUAAUGAGCUCAAAAGCAUGACCAUUGGGAAAAAUGACAGGGCAAACAAGCCAGUGCUUCUCUCUGAAAAACUACUUCGAAAUUCUGCCAUUGUUGGGUCAGCCAGUCAAAAGUGGUGUCUAUUCAGAUUGCUGCCUUUCUUGAUGGCAGACCAUGUUCCACCUGAUAGUCCAUACUGGCGUGUGUUCAAACUGUGUGCUGAAAUCACAGAUGUAGUUAUGGCUCCUACAGUGAGAAAAGAUGAACUUGCUGUUCUGGAAUUUGUUGUACAAGAAUUUCUGACUGAGAUGACAAAUGUUUUUGGGAACGUUUUAACUCCCAAAUGUCAUUUUUUAACACAUUAUCCCAGACUUAUGCUAAUGUUUGGUCCUCUUCGUGCUUUGUGGUGUAUGAGGUUUGAAAGCAAACACCAAUAUUUUAAGAACAUUGCUAGCACAUGUAAAAAUUUCAGAAACAUAACCUCAACUUUGAGCAACCGUCAUCAGAUGAAACAGUGCUGGGAGUUUUCCUCUAAAGGGCUACUAUGUGAUUUUGAGGAGACGCUCAGCAAAAGUGUAAGCACACCCUUUUCAUCUCUACCAGCAGAGCUACAGAAGGCUCUUAUUUGCAAUGAUGCUCUGAGGGAUGUUCAGUUUCAAGACAAGGUACUUCAACGUGUAUCUUGUGUGUCAGUGAACAAUGUUAAAUAUUCCCUUGGCGAUGUAUUUGUAAUAAGCCAUCUGCACACAGAAAUGAUUCCAUUGUUCUGGAAGGUGAAGUACAUACUAAACAUUGACACUUUGUGGGUUAUGUGUGGUAAAAUAUUGGUUCCAGUGUCAUUCGAUGGUCAUUUCCAUGCAUAUCGUGUCACACUUGACAAAGAUUGGACUUUACAAAUUCCAGGAAAGGAAUUGGAUCAUCAAGCUCUUGACACGUAUUCUGUUGAUGAUAAUCUUUUCGUUUCAAUGAAAUAUUUAGUCUAAAACGUGAAUUCAGAAUUGAAUGUUUUUUUUUGUUUUGUUUGUUUUUUAAAGGAGAACUCCGGUGUAAAACAUGAUUUAAAAAGUACCUAUCUUUGAGUAGCACAUCUCCGUUCUCCCACAGCGUUCAGAGAUCCAGAAAUUAACAGUUUGUCAUUUUUGUCAACAGUUUGUCAGACAUUGUCAUGUUCAUUUUAAAAAUGCUGGCCUUUUUGUAGAAAUUCCCAUGAUCUAAACAUUGGUGUUUUUAUAUGGUUGUUGAUGCCAUGUACAGUUCUAUACCAUUUGCUGUUUUUUAGAUGCUUGUAGUGGUUAUGUAAUCAUUUAUUAAAUUGCAGUUGGGCUGAAUUUGCAAUGGUUGUGUUGCUUAAAGCCCUUUUGAAAUGAUAAUCUGCGUACUACUAAAUAAAAAGCAUUGAACAACA